CAUCUGAUGUCGCGAAGAGCCUCUUUAAAGAGGAGGGGCCGUCCCCAAGUCCAUUCCGUUCGCGGAUCAUAUGAGUUCAACCAUCGAGCCACCUUCCGAGACACUUGCUGCAUCUUACCAUAACCACAACCUGCACAUCUCGGUUUCUGUUGGCUAGUCACCAUGCAGUACAAGAAAUUCUUCCCGCUGGCACUGGCUUCUUUGGCUUCAGCUCAGACCCCCAGCUUGACUGACGCUCUAGGUUCUCAGAACUCGACACUGUCGUCUCUGAAUGCUCUUCUUGCUUCGAACUCCGAUCUCGCAAAGUCUUUGAGCAACCUUCGAAACGUUACCAUCUUGGCUCCCAGCAACAAUGCAUUCAGUGCUCUCGCAAGCGAUAACGCUACCACCUCCCUCCUCACCAACUCCGAGUAUCUAACGGCGCUGUUCAACUACCAUAUCCUCAACGGCACAUACCACAACUACACAUUCGGGAACGAAUCUCAAUUCAUCCCUACCUUGCUGACGAACACAACUUAUACCAAUGUGACCGGAGGCCAAGUUGUCGAAGCCCGACUUGACAAUAACAAUGUGACAUUCUUCACAGCCCUUAAGGAGAACGCCACCAUCAUAACACCCAAUGUCAACUUCACCGGCGGUACGAUCCACGUGAUCGACAGCUUCCUUAACAUCCCUCAGAACAUAUCGGACACAUUCUCCAACGCAAACCUCACUGCAGCUGAGGGUGCUAUCAACACCGCCAACCUGACGGACUCGGUUGCUAACACGCAUGAUAUUACCAUCUUCGCGCCCAACAAUGAUGCUUUUAACGCCAUCGGUAGCAUCGUCAGCAACCUUACUUCGGACCAGCUAACCAGCAUCGUCGGUUACCACGUCAUCAAUGGCUCUGUCAACUACAGCACAGACCUGCAGAACACCACGUUCACCGCUGUUAACGGACAGAACAUCACCAUCACCGUUCUCAACGGCACGGUAUAUGCCAACUCUGCCAAGAUCACUGUUCCCGACAUCCUCUUGGAGAAUGGUGUCGCCCAUGUCAUCGAUGAGGUCCUAAACCCGGACAACGCUUCAGCGGCUCCAGACACAACUGCUUCUUCCGCUACUCCCGCAUUCAGUGGCGCUAGCUCUGCAUCGGAUGGUGUCCCAUUUACUAGCGGUGUUUCGACUGCUACUACAACCUUCCCUGCUGCCACAUCGGCGGGCGGCUCAGCUGCAUCCUCUAGCUCUUCGGGUCUCGCCAUGCCCAUGAAGACCGGUGCUGUUGGCGCUGCCGCCCUCUUUGGUGGUGCGGCCGUUAUUGUUAACUUGUAAGCGGGGUUGUCGGAAGAUAUGUACGUCUAAGAUUGAGAAGAUGUAUGAAGGAAAAUGAGACUAUGACUGUCGGGGAAACGUGGAAAAGAUAUGAUAAU